GGGCCUGGUGUACUAAUCCCGCUUCCGAAGGAUUGCGGGUCGUUGGUUGGACGGAGAUUAAUUGAAGCAGCAGCGUUUCGCAAAUCCAAAUCAUGGCGCGUCCCGUCUCCAGAUCCCCAGAUGGAGGGGGCGAUCCCGACCAGGGCCCUCUUGGUCCGCAACCAUGUCGGCCCCAGUACUGUGGGAAAAAGCAACCAAGAGGUUCUUGCAGAAAAUCCAAACGUAUUGCUUCUUUCAGCCCACGAACCCCCAGAGCCGCGCGAAACAAACUUCGACCAAGGCCGUUGCGCCGGCGAUACCAACGGCACGAGAAGUAAAUCGCAUGUGCCGAUCUCAGGGGCCCGUUGGGCGCCUCGGCCCGCUGGCACAGUCGGGCUUCGGCCCUUGGGCCCAGGGGCUGCUUCGUGGGCCAGGCGCAAUUUUUGGUGCCAGUGUGCCGGCAGAUGGUCAAUGCCGGACCGCCGCUGCCACGGUCUGGGUGUUGUUCAGGGUUUCGCACGUGGAUUACGGCCGGGUCUGUCGAGCAUCGUCCCUAUAGCAGCGCACGACCAUGGCUUAACAAAAAGGCAUGCGCAAUAGGGAGCAUGGACGUCGGGGAACUGGGAAUAUGAUCGAGUUGACGAUGGGAUGUUUGCUGCUCCUGCACGGCUCCCUCCGCAGGCGAUGGAAUUCCAUGUGCGCCAAGCCGCCGGAUUUAUUCCGCCGCCGAAAAUCCGGUCCCGCCCGCUCUCACGUGACUGACUCGUCACCGCUCCCACAAGUCACAGGUCUAGCUCCUUCGUUCU